GGUCUGACCCGUUAGAAAAAUGACCCGGCCCCAGUUCGACCCAGCUGUUUAAUAUAUAUAGUUAUAUAUAAUAUAUAUAUUUUAUAAAUAAUUAAUUAUUGUUAGGGUUUCCUUUCUCUCAUUCUACCCAUCUGUUUCGUCUCGCAUCGCUCUCCCGUCUCCUCUUCUCAAAUUCACCUAACCGGCCAACCCCACGCCACCAGGCACCACCGCACGUCCACACCAGCCACUGUCCUCCUCUCCUCCGACAUAGUCUCCGACGCAAAGCCUCAGCUCAAAGGCUUCGCGAUCGCGCCUCCCCGUCUUCGAGACAACGCCUCCGACGCAUCGACGCCUCGACGUCCAGCGGCCCCCGCCGACUCCACUUUGCAGAUUUGAAAGGUUGUCUUUAAAUCUUCUGAAAUUCAACAAUUCGGUUCGAGCUACGCGACUUCACACCUUGACGCCUAAAUCCAUCCUCCGUAACCCCAACCGCAACCACCUGGCGCCGCCAUCACCGCUGUCCGGCGGCUCAGGGUUUUUUUUUUCGAUUGAGUUUGUUUGCGGCACUUUCCCUUUCAAUUUGGUGCUGGCUGAUAUGGACAGUGCUCGGCAAGAGAAAGUGAGAAAGUUUGAGGAAUUUGUUGACCAGAGAUUGAAACCCGAUCUUGUGCGCGCAAUUGCCGAACGGGACAAGGUUUUUGAGCAGCAGAAGAUAUUCUCUGACCUAAGGAGAAAUAUCGAGAAUCUGGAGAAGAACAGUGUGACUAGUUUAAGGACACGGGUCAACAUUGGUUCUGAAGUCUAUGUGCAAGCUGAUGUGUAUGCUCUAUGCUUCAAUAUCUUGCUGUGUCCAGAUACCCGACAUAUAUUUGUAGAUGUUGGACUUGGAUUUCACGUGGAAUUUACAUGGACUGAAGCUCUUAACUUCAUAGCAACCAGGGAAGAAAGUUUAUCCAGGCAAAUUGACGAUUAUACACGUUUAAUCGCGUCAAUUAAAGCUCAGAUUAAAAUGGUUUGUGAAGGAAUAAGAGAGCUACUCGAACUACCAGUAGCUGAGGUCUAACCGGAAGCCCCCCUUAAAUUUUUUACCCGGAUUUUUUCAGUAACUUUGUGCACUGGAUAUAUAAAGAGUAAAGUUACUGAUAAAAUGUUAUAAUGCUACUCCUUUUAACUCUAAGAGUUUAGAUUUGGUAGAAUCUUGAAAAAGAGUCGCAUGGGAGCAUUUGAGAUGUGGUUCAUAUGACAACUUGAAAUUUUAUAUGAUUUCUUGUAAAUUGCGUAUCCAUUUAAUA